AACCACUGUCAUUUCUGUUGGUGAAAAGCCUCGGUCUCGCUAAUACUGGUGUGGUUUUGGCUACACUCAGAUUUUAAGGAAAGGCCAAUUUUCAGUAAGACGUUGGUGACAAUAGAGAGGGUAUUUUUCUUUCCCGUGCAAGCUCACCGGUCUGCUGAAUCCUCACCAGCGGCCCCUUGCUAAGAAUGUCUGGUCCAGAGGCUGGAAUCCCCUCACCUUGGAGGUGAAGGGCAUUUACUGUGCUGUGAGGUUACCCAAAGCCCUACAUUUUCAGGUGGGGGAGCUGAGGCUCAGAGAGGAACAGCUUGCACAAGAGUCCGGGGCUGGGCCGUUGGCCUGGACUCCUUGCCCAGCCUCUGAAACCCCGGAACUCCCAGCCCAGGCCUUGGAGCCUCGCUGAUGUCUAUGGCUCCUGGCCUGCUCCGCGGGAUCCUUGCUCUUCGCUCCGGCAUGGGCGCAGCUCUGCAGGUGCGUGGGGUCCAUCCGAGCUUGGCUGCUGACACCCCGAGCAGCACCCACCCCGCCGUGUCCCAGGCCGGAGCCGUGGUCCCCAAAUCCGCCGCCCUUCCCAGCAGCCGGGGCGAGUAUGUGGUGGCCAAGCUGGACGACCUCAUCAACUGGGCCCGCCGGAGCUCCCUGUGGCCCAUGACCUUUGGCCUGGCCUGCUGCGCCGUGGAGAUGAUGCAUAUGGCAGCGCCCCGCUACGACAUGGACCGCUUCGGCGUGGUCUUCCGCGCCAGCCCCCGCCAGUCCGACGUGAUGAUCGUGGCUGGGACGCUCACCAACAAGAUGGCCCCCGCGCUCCGCAAGGUCUAUGACCAGAUGCCAGAACCUCGCUACGUCGUGUCUAUGGGGAGCUGCGCCAACGGAGGUGGCUACUACCACUACUCCUACUCUGUGGUGCGGGGCUGCGACCGUAUUGUGCCCGUGGACAUCUACGUCCCAGGCUGCCCGCCCACAGCCGAGGCCCUGCUCUAUGGCAUCCUGCAGCUGCAGAAGAAGAUCAAGCGCGAGAAGAGGCUCCAGAUCUGGUACCGCAGGUAGUGCCGCUGCCUGGCCGCCCUGCGGCGUCUGCGCUGUUCCCCCAGAGGCGGUCAAUAAAGCCCAUAAAUCCGC